UGAUAUGACAUAUCAUUAUAGCAUGAAUAAUUAUUUUUUUAUGCCAUAAUUAAGACAGAACCUUGUGAAUCCGGUCCGUUGGUUGUUCCGGUCCGGGUUACAUUCGCUACAGCUGCCGCGGAGGGUUAAGCUAGGCUAGUUCAAAACUCCUCCCGCUAAUACUUGCCUUCCAGCGAUUUCACCGCUGCUCUAAAUGUCGCCAUUCAUUCCCGCGGAGAGUUUUAUCUACCAGCGCACGCUGGUUUUAUAAAUAACUUUUUAUUUAGUGAUAUAUUCUGGAGAUACGGUAAACAGCAUCAAGGCCCCUAGUCAAAGCUAACUGUUAACCCCAAAGCUAAAAUGGCGGACAACGAGGGUGACAGCGGAGCUAUUGGAACAACAACAGUGGCGGAGCCACCGGGGACAGACUCUGAGCCCGCCGUUCAGCCAGACACGCAGCCCGUGGAGCCUUUAUCAGUCCAGCCUGCCGUCCAGAUCUUACAGCCCGAGGAGAAAGGCUCGACUUUCCUCGUCACCCAGUGCGAUCAGCCUGCAGAGAGUGCAGAGCCCGGGUCCUGUGCGGAUGGCGGUCAGCCCCCGAGUGAAGCAGAAACCUGCCAGGUGGAGCAGCGCAUGCUGGUGGGCGCAGAGUUUACCGAUCUGGCCAACACCACCAUCAUCUACGUGCAGCCUGACGGCAGCCUGGUGGAGGGCUCCGGGCUGACGGUGGAGGAGCAGCAAGCGGUGCUGCAGCAGCUCACCAAGCAGCAGAUCGUGCAGGUCUCCGAAACCGAGGCCGUCCAGCUGCUCCAGCACAGCCAGCUGGUCAAACCGGCCCCGGUCCAAAAGACGGCUCUGGAUCCGAGUCAGCUGCAGCAGGUCAUUAACCAGGUCACCAAGUCCCAGAACCAGGUCCAGGUGCCUCAGGAGAACCUGCAGCAUGUGAAGGGUCAGCAGAAGCAGGUCCAGCUUUCCCCACAGAACCUAAAGAUCAGCCCUCAGAAUAAUGCUUCCACCCAUCUGAAAAGUGUGGCUCAACAGGUCGCUUUGCAGUCCAACACUUUAAUCCAGGCAGAACCAACGCGAAUCCAGAUCCAAGUUCCUCCCAAACAGGACCUGAAUUCUUGUGUGAGUCUGCAGCAGAAGACCGUGGCUAUCAGCCACCCGCAGGUGAAGCUGUCUGCCAGCAGCGGCCUGGGCAACGCACAGAUCAUCCACCUGCAGUCUGUGGUAGGUCAGCAGGGUCAGCAGAUCCUGCUGCAGCAGAACCCAGGAGAACCCCAGAUCCAGUUGGUGCUGCAGAACGCCACUCCUGUGGUGGGCUCUCUGCUCCCCUUGGUCCACAAGGUGACGGGCCCGGCAACCAUAGCAACUGCUUCCUCCAGUCUGGGUCAGAAACCUGCCCCGCCUACUGUCAGAUUGGCAGCUGCCACCCCAGUUAAAGACCCGCCCCCUCCCAGCAGCAAGCCCCCUGCUGCUCCCGUCACUAAAACCAUCAGCAUUCCUCUGAUUAAGACACAGCACAACGGGACGGCCACCACUGCUGGGAAAGUCCCAGUUAAAGCGACCCCGGUCAUCCCCGCAGCUCCACGGCAACCCACCACCCUAACCGUCGCCCCCAGGCUUCCCACAGCAACCUCUGUCGUCAAGGUGAAAGACCGAGAAAAAGAGGAGAAGAAGAAAGCAAAGAAAAGAGAGAAGAAAGCCCUGAAGGUCCAAACCCGAUCGGGUCGGGUGUCCAGGCCACCCAAGUACAAAGCUAAAGACUACAAGUUCAUCAAGACGGAGGACCUGGCGGAGAGCCACCAGUCCGACUCAGACGACUACUCCGACAUGAGCGUGGAGGAGGAGGAGAACGCCAAGCGGGACGGGCCGGGCUCCAGCAGCCCCUCGUCUCUCAGCUACAGCCUCAAGUCGCGCUGCCACCGCUGUCAGACCUGCGAUAAGGCCUACAUCGGCCCCGGUGGCUUGAACCGCCACUACAAGCUGAACCCCACCCACGGAGAGCCCGACCUCACCGGGGUCACAGCCAGCGGUGCACCAGAACCCGGCCAGAGCAGAGUGGACCAGAAGGUAGAGGAGGCCGUCACUGAGGAGGAGGAAAAGGAGGAGGAGGAAGAAGAACAAGAGGAGGAAGAGGAGGAGAAACCUGCUGCCAUGACAACAAACAGUGGAGACGUCGGCCUGGCAGCUGAAGGACUCACCAGCCUCCAUUACCGGGGCCCAGGUCGCCCCAGAGGGCGAGGGAGAGGAAGAGGGCGAGGGAGGGGCAGAGGAAGAGGAAGAGGCAGGGGGCGAGGUCGAUCACUUGGACCUCCUCCUAAGGUGAGCAUUGGUCUCGUGGGCAGACCUGGUCGUCGCGGGCGACCCCCAAAGCUUGGGGUCAUUCCAGUAACAGCACGGCAGCAGGCAGAGAGGAGACAGCUGCGGCUGCAGGAGCUGGUGGAGCAGUGUGAAGAUGAAGAACUGAUGGAUGCUGUUCUUCCUCGUUUGACCAAAAUGUUAAGUCUGUGGGAGCUGCUGCUGGCGAAGCUGGACUGCAAGGGGUUGGCUUGUAGCUGCUUUCCAGACAUUUACCAUGAGUUUGAAUCUCUGCAUGCUCAAGUCAGGCAGACUGCACAAGACUACAUCAUAAGUCCUCAGGGUGGAGCCAUGCCUGUGGAGGUCAGGAACAUUGAGGUGGCCAGAUCUCUAGGGAUCCUGGACGAGGUAAACAAGAUGAAGGUGCUUCCUGGAGCAUCGCCUGUUUCUAGUGGGAACAAUAAGAAUGUCCGGUACAUGGGGAACUCCAAGAUGUUGCCACCAUCUAAAAGAUUUAAGAUGGAAAACAGUAUUGCAGAUCACCAGAACGGCACAGAAGUGCCAAAAUCAGCUGCUGCUCCAGUGGCCUCGGCCACCCAGGCAGCCUCUCUUGUCAAGUCGUGCUCCGUGUCUGUGUCUCCCCUGGAGAUUUCAGGUGGAGCCAAAGUGCUGAGCGCCUCUGCUGAACCUACCUCCAGCUCCUCCAGCAACGCCUCUCCUGACCCAACUCCCAGCCUGGCUGCACCUCCCGCCGGCCCCACGCAGGAACAAAAGGAGGGGCCGUCGGCCCAGGACCAGGACGUACACAUGGCCGACGCCACAGUCCAGGACGCAAACACGGCCGACGCCACGGUCCAGGACGCAAACACGGCCGACGCCACGGUCCAGGACGCAAACACGGCCGACGCCACGGUCCAGGACGCAAACACGGCCGAAGCCACGGUCCAGGACAUAAACAUGGCCGAAACUACGGUCCAGGACUUAAACAUGGCCGAAGCUACGGUCCAGGACAUAAACAUGGCCGAAACUACGGUCCAGGACUUAAACAUGGCCGAAGCUACGGUCCAUCAAGUAAACGGGGCCAAAGCCAUGAUCCAGGAAGUAAACGGGGCUGAAGCAGCGGUCCAGAUAACGCAACCAGACUCUGCUCUCAGUUCUAGUGCCACCAGCACUACGGACAGAAAGAGGGCGGAGUCUAGCCCCAACCCUGGCCCCACCCCCAGCCCCGCCCAGCCGGCGACCUCUGCUCAGCCUCAGCCCUGUGACUCCUCCUCCCAGCCCAAAGAGCUACAGGCGGGCCAGGAGAUCUACAUCCAGACGGAGGGGCUGACGGUGCAGCUGGCCGAGCCGGGGUCGGACGGGAUUGUUAUCGUCAACGGACCGGAUGGAACCACCAUGCACAUCCAGACCCCAGAGGGGGUACCCCUGGAGGCAGUGCAGGCCCUGCUGGGCAUCGAGGCUUCAGACGGGGACAGACUGGCCCAACAGACCCAGGACUGAGCGGAACCUCCUCGGAACAGACUGUCAGGGAGUGAUGGACAGCUGGAAACUGCAGUGCCUCCCUUCAAACCCAGCUGAUAGGAGCCAACCGGCGCUUCUCUAUGAAUGUCAGAGUUUCAGAACAAUGCAGGGGGACGACGGUGCAAAUCCCCAACUCCUGUAGGAAAAUGUCAUGGUCUUCAUCUCGCUGUGUUCAAAGAGCCAAGGUGAAGCUGCUGAUCUUCAGGUCAUAUAUAAAUAUGCAUAUAUAUAUAAAUAUCUAUCUAUAUAUACAUAUAUAUGUUGUCAGCACAUUUCAUUUCUUCUACUCUUCUGUUGUUGGUCUUCGGUGCAGCUAUUGCACACCUCCACUUUAUGUUCAGAAAAGACGAAAACGGUUCAUAUGCUUGAUUUUGUCCUCUGACUGUUGCUCGCUGUCUGCAGUUCGGCUUGUGUUGCUUUUAUUUUUCUGUUUCUGAAAUAAAUUAUUUUUCAG